GCAGCAGCACAGGAGCUGCCGUGCCUCGUCUUUCACGGAGGAGAUCCCGAAAGCCGGAGUAAUAGCUAAACCCCAUACAGCCAUGGCAGAAAACGCCGGCUUAGAAAACCACCGCAUCAAGAGCUUUAAAAACAAGGGACGUGAUGUCGAGACUAUGAGAAGACAUCGAAAUGAGGUGACGGUUGAGCUGAGAAAGAACAAACGAGACGAACAUCUACUGAAGAAGAGAAACGUCCCUCAGGAGGAGAGUCUGGAGGACUCUGAUGUCGACUCAGACUUCAAAGGACAAAACGUUACGCUUGAUGCCAUCUUACAAAAUGCUACCAGUGACAAUGCGGUCAUCCAGCUCAGUGCUGUACAGGCAGCCAGAAAACUGCUGUCAAGUGACAGAAACCCCCCAAUCGAUGACUUGAUAAAGUCUGGGAUCCUUCCUAUUUUAGUCAAAUGUCUGGAAAGGGACGACAACCCAUCUCUUCAGUUUGAGGCAGCUUGGGCUUUGACCAACAUUGCCUCUGGGACAUCAGCACAGACUCAGGCUGUGGUUAAAUCCAAUGCUGUGCCCCUAUUCCUGCGACUGCUACACUCUCCGCACCAGAACGUAUGUGAACAGGCUGUAUGGGCUCUAGGAAACAUUAUAGGUGAUGGUCCGCAGUGCAGGGAUUAUGUCAUCUCCUUGGGUGUGGUCAAGCCCCUGCUUUCUUUCAUCAACCCAUCAUUCCCAAUUACCUUUCUCCGAAAUGUCACCUGGGUCAUCGUUAACCUCUGCCGCAACAAAGACCCUCCGCCCCCCAUGGAAACGGUUCAAGAGAUUUUGCCUGCCCUCUGUGUGCUAAUAUAUCACACAGACAUAAAUAUCUUAGUAGACACAGUGUGGGCUCUUUCCUAUCUGACGGAUGGAGGAAAUGAGCAGAUCCAGAUGGUCAUUGAUUCUGGUGUUGUCCCAUUUCUUGUGCCUCUCCUCAGCCAUCAGGAGGUCAAAGUUCAGACUGCAGCACUGAGGGCAGUUGGAAACAUUGUGACAGGAACAGACGAACAGACGCAGGUUGUGCUGAACUGUGACGUCCUCUCCCACUUCCCUAACCUGCUCAGACACCCUAAAGAAAAAAUUAAUAAGGAAGCGGUCUGGUUCCUGUCCAACAUUACAGCUGGUAACCAGCAGCAGGUCCAAGCUGUGAUCGAUGCUGGACUUAUUCCUAUGAUCGUUCUCCAACUGGCUAAGGGGGACUUCGGCACACAGAAGGAAGCAGCAUGGGCCAUCAGCAACCUUACCAUCAGUGGGAGAAAAGAUCAGGUGGAGUUCCUGGUGGAGCAGAAUGUCAUCCCUCCGUUCUGUAACCUGCUGUCAGUAAAGGACUCCCAAGUGGUGCAGGUUGUCCUGGAUGGCCUCAAGAAUAUCCUUAUCAUGGCAGGAGAUGAGGCUAGCACUAUUGCUGAGAUCAUAGAGGAGUGCGGAGGUUUGGAGAAGAUCGAAAACCUGCAACAGCAUGAGAAUGAGGAUAUCUAUAAAUUAGCCUUUGAGAUUAUUGAUCAGUACUUUUCAGGAGAUGAUAUCGAUGAAGAUCCCAGUUUGAUCCCUGAAACCACUCAAGGAGGAACCUUCAACUUUGAUCCAGCUUCUAACAUGCAAACAAAGGAGUUCAAUUUCUAAAAGCCAGGAUGUUUGGUUCAACCAGCUGCACGGGUACUCUGUAAUCACCCUAGACAUUCAUCCAUCUCUCCUCCAACCUGGCAACCUGGUACCGAAGGAUUUACUUAGCUUCACUUCAACAUGGAAACUCACCACUGAAGGAUUUACCCACCCCCACCUCUGCACUCUGGGGUGUUUUUCUUUUUUUUGUUAUUUGGGUUUUUUUUUCUUCUUUUUUUUUUUUUUUUUUUUUUAAAGUGGUCGUCCUUCACCGAACAUAGCAACCUUACGUAGGAGUCCUGGUCAUUUGGUGAGAACCAUCACUAUCUGGCAGCCUGCAUCAGGAAGGUUGUCAGCAUUCUCUGCCAGUGCUUCUAAAUAUCACACAAUAUGAAAAGCAGAAGGAAAAAAAAGCCUUCGUGGCAAGAAUUAAUUGCCAAAUGUCAAGUUUUCACAGAGAUUUAAAAGAACACAUUUUCAGACACAAAACACACACAUAGUCACUUUUUGAAACUUAAAAUUCGUGUGCAUACUUCUGUUGGAAGUCAUCAUAUCACUUAUGGGGAAGAAAUACUGCUGUUUGUUUGUGGUUUAUUUUUUGUGCUUUCCCUCCCCUGGAUUGUCCUCUGGUGUUACUUCACCCACGCGCACACAUACACACACUAACAUACAAGUGCACACAUCCAGCACAACCAAGUCACAGAUUCUUGAUGGCCGGGCACCCCAAUAACCCUCUCUUACCCCAGUUUAAAGAGUUAAUCCCAGAGCUAAGCCAUGAUUAACCACGGACCCCCACUGCCCUCCCAGGAGAGUCCUGGGGCAGGUGGAUGGGUGAAAGGGCUCUAAGGCAAAAAAAAAAGAGGACUCCGUGGCAAACUGACUGACAGGACUUCUGACUCAAUGACGUCACUUUUUUUAACGUGACCUCUGUUGAAUUAUCGAACUUUAUCUUUUAAAAAAAAAUCAUAAUAAAUGUGAAGAAAAUGCCAUAAAUCUUUUUUUUUUCUCCAGUGCAUACAACUGCUCGACCUGCUUAUUGCCUGCUUCUGAUUGAGCAGAGCGAACACAGUUUUUUCUUUUUGUUUUUUAAACGGAUGUGAAAACCUGCUACGGGAGGAAGCACCUAUGAGUGAAGGCGCAGAGACUUAAGGAAGACGAACAUGUCAGCUGUAGCGUUGAUCCCCCUACAGGACAUCCAUUUCUGCAGUGUGAGCUCAGUCAUACAGUGAUCAAGUGAGCUGUUUGCGUCGGACUCCCCUGUAAUGUGAAACUUGGAAGUUGGGCGGGGGGAAGGGAGGGAGGGGGGUUAACAUAAAAAAAACGUUGAGCUAAGAUCGACAUUAAUUACUUACCUGAAUUUACGCUCAUUUUAUUUCUUUUAAAUACUCCGAUUCAAAUGUUUUCAGUUUCAUGUUUGAGCUUCUUCUGGUUGAGUCUGUGGAGCUUCCAUAUGUGGGUUUAAUUUUUCUUUUCUUCGGUCUUAUGCACACGUCUGAGAGGCAUAUUGAUGUCUGCCUGCAGAAAGGGACCUAUACUCACUGAAGACUAAACUUAUAUAUAAGGAGUACAGGUCCUGGCCUUUAUAGUACUUAACUACUUUUGAUGAAGAGGUCACAUGUCAUCACCAAUUUGAAUAAUUGUAAAAGAAAAUGUGAUGUGUAUCUCUCCUUGCCAUCUAAUGAGUAUAUAAAUAUAUUUACAUAAAGCCUGUACAAAGCUGCUGCAGCUGACAGUCAUUGGAUGGACAAUAACCUUACUGUCAAAGAUGGCUGGGGAGGGUUUUUUGUUGAAGCAAUAUUUUCUUGUUACGUUGUUUUUAUUUUUGACUUGCAUAUGUAUUGUGAUGACAUGCUGAUAAAUUGGAACAGGCUUUUUUGUUUUUUUUUGUUUUUUUUUUUCUUGUUUCCUCUUAGUAGUGGUGACGGGAUAUUUAAAUUGUACCGUCCCAUGUCCUGGUUGGGGUUUGAGGUGUCGAAACUGUGAGCCCAGCCCCGGUCUGGAAGACUUUAUGAUCCUCUGGUUGGCUGCUAACUACUGAGAGGGGGUCAGAACAGGGGGUCACACUGGGCUUUUAAAUAUUGGAUGGGGGUUGUUAUGUGCAGCCCGGGCUUCUUUUUGGGACUAGCUGUUUAUUACUGAACAAAACUAUAGAGAGGGUGUACAGUCAUGAACUAGCAGACUAGACCGAGCCACUUUAAAGAUUUACAAUUACGUUGCCUUGUAUCCGAAUUGGAUACAAGCUUAUGUUUGUUGCAAGAUUUUUACUUGCUAAUGAAAAGUUGUUUUAAAUAAAAUAAUAGGAGAAAAGCAACAGACAGCGUUUUGGCCUCUGAUUGUUUAUAUCUUUUUAUAAAUUUUAGAUUGAAUUCUUCUCUUUAAGGUGGCUCAUUGAUGCUUUCAACUCUUGUGCAUAUUAAAGACAAGAAUGAGUUGAAAAUCAUUGUGCCUUUUGUUUUUCAUUUCAACAAAACUAGGUUUUAUUCAAUAGAUGAUUCUUUGAGCAACUGGAGAACUUUGAAAUGGGAGUUGAGGGUCCAGUCAAAUGUGGUCUCCCUGUUGUUGGAGUUUGCCAUGGGAAUGGUCAAUGCUGCUCUCUGCUGUUGAGAGUAACUGCUCCUCUCUAAUCUUAUUCACUGAACAUUGUAACACACCAUCUCUCCCACUCAUUAUACCCCCAAAAUACCACAGCCAUCAUUGCCAUAUUUCAGUCAGGGGAUUUUGAUAUCAUUCCCUCUCAUCUCGCCCUCAGGACAUGAUCUGUGUUUCUGAUCCUUACCAAAAUAAACUUGCUGUUUAGCCGUUUGA